UAAUAUUAAAUCGUCACACUCUGUUCUAAUCAUAAUCAUAAGGUUCGUGAGACUCGGUAUCUGAUAUCCCACUAGAACACACAAAUAAAUCAUUGGUUGUUGCAAAAUUGGUGAGGGAAGUCAUGCUAUCCACAUUCUAUUCACAAAACAACCGCAAAUUUUAAUGACCGCCUUAGCAUUGUGGGAUCCGCUCAGUCACGUUCGUUACUUAAAUAAAAUUUUACUUCGCAGUCGCGGUGCACUUAAGCACGAGUGGCUGGUCGCGUGCAACAAACUUUCAAUUCCCAGACAUUUUGUCAGACAAGAUGAAGUUGUGUGUGCUUGUAGUGAUAUGUACCGUGAUUUGUUGCUGCAGUGCGUUGAAUAUAUUGGUGGUGUUUCCUCAUCCAGGUGCCAGCCACUUUUUCGUCUUUGAUCCAUUAUUCAAAGAAUUAGCCCACAGAGGUCACAAUGUGACGGUUAUUAGUUAUUUGCCACAGAAGAAACCCGUGCCUAACUUGAGAGAUAUUCCGUUGAACGAGAAUUUUUCUCAUUUCCAAGAAAUGAUGGAUUUCAACCUGUUGACCGGGUCAAGGUCGAUGUUAUGGUCCGGGGCUAAUUUACUCGGUUAUUUUGCAUCAGUUACUUGUGAAGCUGGCUUGACAAACCAAAACUUUCAGAAUUUUCUUAAGGAAGACCACCAAUUUGAUUUGAUUUUGAUGGAAUAUUUCAAUACGAACUGCUUCAAUGGCCUGUUGGAAAAAUACAAGGUUCCAGUUAUUGGUCUCAGUUCAUGUGUGAAUAUGCCAUGGUUCAAUGAAUAUUUUGCCAUACCUGAAAAUCCAGCGUAUGUGCCAACGAUUUUUAUGGAUUAUUCCGAUAAAUUAACGUUUAUUGAACGAGUUGAAAAUACUGUGAUGAAACUGUACACAGAUUUUAUGUUCCAAUUUCCGAUAAAAACACGUGGUAAUGAACUAUCCAAAAAAUACACCGGUUAUAAUUUGGAUUAUGAUCAUUACACCAACUCUAGUCUACUAUUGGCUAACACGUUUUUCAGUUUGAAUUUACCACGAGCAUUACCCCCAAAUGUUAUCGAAGUAGGUGGUAUGCAUGUGCCUCAAAAAACAAAACCAUUGCCCAAGAACAUAGAGAAAUGGAUCGACGAAUCGACGGAAGGAGUCAUUUACUUCAGCUUAGGCUCCAUGAUCAAAGGCCACACAUUUCCCGAGGACAAGCGCCAAGAGUUUUUGAGGGCGUUCAGACGUUUGCCACAGAGAGUACUCUGGAAGUGGGAAAACGAAACAAUGAACAACAAACCAGAUAACGUUAUGAUCAACAAAUGGAUGCCGCAGUUUGAUGUAUUGUGUCAUCCAAAUGUAAAAGCGUUCAUUGCCCAUGGAGGAUUGCUGGGCACAAUCGAGGCAGUUCAUUGUGGAGUACCAGUUAUAGUAAUGCCUCAAUUUGGAGAUCAGUUUACAAACGCCAGAGCUCUUGAGGCGAACGGCGGUGGUGUCAUCCUUCAUUUGAAGGAUGCAACUGAAGAAUUAAUCUAUAAGAAACUAAAGACUGUUUUAUCACCUAAGUUCCGCCAACAAGCGAAAGAUUUGUCGGAGAGGUUCAGGGACCGUCCAUUGCCGCCGCUCGAUACUGCAAUUUACUGGGUGGAAUACGUGGCCCGUCAUAAAGGAGCACCGCAUAUGAGAACUGCAGCCGUUAACAUGCCCUUCUACCAAUAUUACCUAUUAGAUGUAAUCUCGUUUUUACUUUUAGUAGUCGGAUCAGUGCUUUACACCCUCUUUUACGUCGGCAGAUUGCUCCUGCGAAAAUUGUUAAAGCACAACGCCAAGCAAAAAACAGAAUAGACUUAUUUUAUUACAAUUAAUAAAAUGUAUGCAGUGCUAUUGUGUAGUUGCAACUUUGUUAUUUAUAUUGUUAUAAUAUAUUUUUAAUAUCUAAA